GUGCUGGAGCAGAACAGAUGAAGGAGGCCGGGCGGGAAGGAUACGAGGAAGGGAAGGGGUCUGCACAGGAGAAGUACGAGCACGCGAAGGGAACUGUUGGCGCCAAGACGCAGGAAGCCAAACAGGCUAUGGAGGAACAGAAGCAGCGAGCAGCGGAAUCGAUGCAGGAGCAGCAGGAGAAAGCCGCGGGCGCCAUGCAAAGCCUGAAGGAGAAGGCAGGCGCAGCUAUGGAGGGUCUGAAGGAGAAGGUCGGGAUGGGAGGAGGGGGGGCAGGAGCAGGCGAGGGAGGGCAGUGAGAAAGGAAGCAGAAGGGUUGACUUCUGCGAGCCACGGGUCAACGAGAUGGGUGAAGGAGAUCUUCAGUGCCGCCAUCGAGUCUUCAGCGUUGCAAGCCACAGAUUAACGAGGCGGGUGGAGGGGAUCUUCAGUGCUCCGAGUCUCCGGCGUUCAAUGCAUUCGGUCGUAAUGGAGGUCAUAUGCACAUAAGCAUUAUAGUUUAAAACCGUGUGGGGUAGGAGCCUUAGUUAUCCUGUUAGAAUCUGGCCUGGAAACGAGUUUCGUGUUUGAAUCUGACCUGGAAACGAGACAUAAUACGGAUGCAAUAGAGCGCUGCGUUGACACUUUUUGGAGGACCUGAGUCUAAGCGCCGCCAUUCUAAUCUGGUCAGAGUUGCGCAGCGGAGCACGCAGGGUUGUAAAAUGCCAUGGAGGUAAAAAAAAAAACAAAAAAAAAAAAUUGGCUAACCACUUCACAUUUUACACCUUUACACGUACCUGGACUGCGUUCUGGAGCAGAUGCACUCGCACCGUCGAAACGUUUGUCACGUAUCGGGGUCGUAACGAGGGCCAGAUAAUUUUGGAACGUCGUGUAGUGGAGCGAGGCCCAUUACUUGAUAGGCCCAGUAAUUGAUACUGUUUUUCGUUUUUUUUUUUUUUUUUUUUUUUUUCCCAGUAGUUGAUGCUUGAUUGAUGUGUAGCCUUGGGCGCUGGGCCCGUUUUCCAGAUACGGGGCCAGAUUCUAUAUAGAACGUCUCUUGUAGUGGAGCGAGGCCCAGUGUCUGGUAGGAUUUGAUACUUUGAUACUUGACUGAUGAGCAGCCUUGGGCGCUGGGCCCGUUUAUAAUAAAUAAUCCGAGGCUGUAUUAAAAGAAGGAAAUAAGUAAUUGGCUUUUCUCUGCCGUCGAUAGACAUCUGAUGUGUGGAUGGGCAAUCAGUCCCAGUAAUGAAAUUGUUUAGGCAUCAGAAAAUGUUGUAGAAUUUCCGGAGCAGUUUGGAUACCUAUCUCAGAGUUGUUACGCAGCGGAAAAAAAAAAAAAAAAAAAAAAAAAACCGAAGUGGAUGUGGUACAAGUCAUUGGCUGAUAAGCGCACAUUACAAAUUAUAGCUUUUUCAUUUUUUUGUUGCUGUUGGGGGGGUACAGUUUUAUUAGGCUGUAAUAAUACUGGUGAGAGGGGGGAAAGGGGGAAAAAAGACAAAAGUGUAUUUGUACGGAUUUCGUCGAAAGUGCAGCAGCGUAGUAUAUUGUGGAUAGGGAGAGGAAGCUGUCUCCGACGAAUCAGUCUCUCUCUCGAGGGAGAGGAUUGUCUAUUUGGAGGAUAGAGAUCAGUUAAACAUUGUCAACCUGAAGUCGUGGACCAAUUUGCAGCUGCCUGGAGAAAAAAAACAAAAACAGUUUGGAGCUGCUGGAAAAAAAAAAGAAGAAAAAGGAAAGGAACGUGUAGCGUUGAUGGCUGGAGGUGGACGGGUAUACGUGACGGACGCGGACCUUAUUGGGAUACCGAUUUGGAGUUGUCCAGACAGUCGUGACAUACCGAUUUGGAGUGGCGGAUACAUUUGCUCUUUUUUUUUUGUUUUUUUCAAUAACACAGCGGUACCGUAACAGGUCUCUGGGGUUGGCCGGUGUGAGGGUAGUCCGAGAAUGUAAUUUGUAUGAAAAACCCAAGC